AUGUCAUCUUCCACGCCGCGCAUCGCCAUUGUUGGCGGUGGCCCCGCGGGGCUCACCCUCGGCGCGCUGCUGCACGCGCGCCGCAUCCCCUUUACCGUGUACGAGCUCCGUGGUCGGCCCACGGCGCACGAGUGGGCACAGCCGUCGGGCAUGUUGGACCUGCACGAGCACGACGGCCUGCGCGCCGUCCGCGCGUGCGGGCUCUACGACGCGUUCCUCCCGCUGACGGGCGAGUGCUCGGAGCAGUUUGUCAUUGCGGACAGCGACGGCGCGCCGACGGCGGGCAUGGGCGGGCAGCACCAGGAGGAGGAGCCCGCGGCGAAGAAGCGCAAGGACGAGGAGGGCGCGCGGCCGGAGAUUUCGCGCAACAACCUCACGAAGCUGCUGCUGAGCAAGGUGCCCGAGGAGAGCGUCCGCUGGGGCGCCAAGCUGCAGACGGUGGCGUGGCGGGACGGCACGACGACGCUCGAGUUUGGGAGUGGCGAAAAGGGCGAGUUUGACCUCGUGGUGGGCGCGGACGGCGCGUGGUCGCGCGUGCGCACGCUGCUGACGCCGGUGCGGCCGCGCUACGGCAACUCGCAGAUUGUGACGGCGACGAUCCGCGGCGUCACGACGAAAUACCCGCACCUCGCGGCGCUCGUCGGCUCCGGGUCGUACAUGGCGCUUGGAUACCGCCACGCCGUCGUCUCGCAGCGCGGGCCGCUCGACUCGGCGCGCAUCUACCUCUGGCUGACGACGACGGACGAGAAGCUCGGCGUCACGGCGGGCCUAGCCGGCAAGCCCCCAACGGCCGCGAUCGCCAAGCUGCUCGACAACGACAAGUAUCUGGGCAAGUUUGGGCCGGUGGUCAAGGAGCUGGCAGAGACGGCGCUGAGGGAGGAGGAAAAGGAGACUGGCGGCGCGGGGCUGGACAUUAGGGGGUUGUACGCCCUGCCGUAUGGGCUGCGGUGGGAGGGGAAAAAGGGCGUCGCGGUCGUGGGGGAUGCGGCGCACGUGAUGCUGCCGAACGGGGAGGGCGUGAACCAGGCCAUACUGGACGCGACGCUGCUGGCGGAGCAUAUUGUGCAGGCGUGGGACGAGGACAAGGGGCCAGGGUUUGGGGAUGUGCUGAAGCCGUUGGUCGAUGGGUUCGAGAGGGACAUGGCGCAGAGGGCGGUGAAAGUGGGCGAGGAGACGGAGCAGCUGCUGGGGAUGAUGCUGGGGGAGGACGCGGGCGAUAAAAUGGGCAAGUUCUUUGAGGGACACGAGGAGGAGGAAAAGAAAAAUGAAUAG